AUGAUAAUUGAAGAAGAAGAAAAGAAAAAUAUUGCAAAUGUAGAAAAUGAAACAUUAUCAUGUAGAAAUAUGAUAAAUGAAACUUUGUUAAAUGAUAAUUUGGAUAAAUUAAAGGAAAAUAAUGAUAAUGUUCAAAAAUGUUUUGAAUCUUUAAAUAAUACAAUUGAGAAUAUGAAUAUUCACAUUAAUAGUAUAUUAAAAGACAAUGAAGAAAAAUACAUACUAGCAUUUAAUACAUAUAUGUAUGAUGUUCAAAAAGAAAUCAGAAUUUUAAAAAAAAUUUUAAAAGAAGAAAGAAUAAAAGAAUUAAAAGAUGAGAAGAUGAAAAAAUUGCAGAAAGAAUUAAAAUGGUAUAUAAAUGAAUGCUUAAGAUUAGAUAAAAUUUCCCAAUACUUAAAAAAGGAAGCUGAAAAAUGGAAAAGAAAUAGUGAACUCAUGAAAAAUCAUAUGUUGUUUUUAGAAAAAAAAUUAUCAAAAACAUUUGAAAAAGUUAUUGAAAAACAGUAUAUAAAAAAGGAAGAAGAAAAAAAAACAAUAGAAUAUAAAAGUAAAGAUAAUAAAAAAGAUAUAUCCAAUGAAAAAAAAGAUGUAGAAAAAAUAGAAAAAGAAGAUGAAAAAAAAGUUGAAAAUAAAUUAAAAGAUAAAGAAAAAAAGGACAAUCUUUAUAAUAAAAUGAAUUUAAAAAUAAAUGACUUAGAAAAAAAAUUAAAAAAACAAAUAAAUAUAAAUUCUAGUUUACAAGAAAGACUUACAAAACAUUAUAUUGAAAAAUCUAAAUAUGAAAAAUUGUUCAUUGAUUGUUCUAAACAAAUUAAAAAAGAUAUAGAGAAACAAAAGAUGAUUAAUGAUAAAGAGAGAUAUAUAGAAAAAAAUUUCUCGUUAUUAUUAAAUGAAUCUGAAUUAAGUUAUUUUACUAAAGAAGAUAAAAAAAAAUUAUUAAUAACAUUUUUUUCUUCAACUGAUUUAAUUGAACAUAUGAAAAAUAACAUUUUUAAUAAAGAAAAAAUGUCAUUUGAUAUUAAUAAUAAAAAUAGUUAUACAAGAAUAAAUUAUCAGAGAAAAUCUGAUAUUUCACCUUUUAUUUUGUAA